AUGAACGAAAAAGCCCCCGCGGACCAAAUCUCCCCCGUCCCCUCCGAAGCCACCUUCACCAACAACCACCUCGAGGCCCUCGACAAGCUCGAAAUCCUACCUCAAAUCCUCCAAGAAGGAAUUCUCUUCGCCGGCUCCGGUGCCGCUCUCCUCCUCCAAGCAGCCUACCCCAACAUCCGCAACGCCUUUGACGACCUCACCCAAACCACCACCUCUUCCACCAGCACCAGCACCAGCACCACCAACCUAGCCACCACCCUCAGCAACACCCUCCAAACAGCCCUCAGCUACAUCGCCUGCCUCGUCUUCGGCACACCCACCGAAAAACACCACCUCCUAACUCUCCUCCAAAAAAGCACCCCUCCACUCCCCCACAAACUGCCCCCGGACACCCCCACCCAACUCUGGCUCACCGCAACCCUCUACGCCACGGCCACUGACUUCUACCAACGCAUCUACGGCCGCGUCGACUACCGCACCGCCGAACGCGCCUACAUGGAAUUUACCACCAUCUUGUCCUGUCUCAACAUCGCACGCGACGUGUGGCCACCUACCAGACAGGCUUUCUGGGUGUAUUGGGAUGAGCAGAUCGAACGGUUAAGCGUUAGUGCAGAGGCACAUCGCUUCGCUAAGGAUCUCCUCGAUAGGAGUGAUUUGCCCGGGUGGGUGAUGGCCGUGAAGCCCCUGUUGAGGGUGAUUACGAUUGAGAUGUUGCCGCCGAGGAUCAGGGAGGCGUAUGGGUUGAAGUCGUCGGCUAAGACGAGGGGGUUGUAUCGUGGGACGAUGGGGUUCUCGGUGGCGGUUUAUCCGGCUUUGCCGGGGAGUGUGAGGGGGUAUCCAUUGAGGUUUUAUUUGGGGGAGUUGAGGGGGAGGUUGGGUGCUGCUUAG